UACUGGAGGACAUCGAUUGCCUAAGCAGAAUGAUAUAUAAUUUCAGAAAGGCUUAACCUCACUUUGAAAGUCAAACUCAACCUCCACCAGGGAGUCAGAAGAAAUGUUUAAAGAAGAGGAGAAAGGGAAGAGGAGAACAUCUGGGCAAAGUUGUUCUGCUUCACCAAUUCUUCUCGUUGGCUCAAGCUCAGCCGAAGAGACCCAAACUCAGGAGGACGGCCUUCUGGAUUCGAGGUGGAGCUUUCUGGAGGGUGAGGCUUCCUCAGAGGUUAUAUUUCAAUGCCCUUCCCUCCUCCAGCCUACAGCUCCGACUUUCGUUGCAUCUCCUGGCCAUCAUGAGAAGUUCCCUGGUGGCUCUUCAGCUGCUCCUGGCCUUGGUGUUGGUCAGGGGGACCUCGGUGGCGGAGGAAAAGAAGGAAUGUUGUGGGCCAGGAGUGCCCCCAGAGAAGAGUUGCUGCCCUAAAGACAACUCCACUUCACAAGAACCGGAAAAAAAGGAGAAGGAGGAGCCAGAACUGAAUUCGGAAGGGCCAGCAAAGCCGGAAAAUAUGCUAAUGCCCCCAGAAGAAUCGAAUUCAGAAGAACUGGAAGAAAGAGCGGAGGGUUAUCGCGAAAGGAUGCAGGACACCAGAGGCUACUACGAAACCGUGUUCUUGAAGGAACAUGCCCUGGAUUACUUCAACAAACGCAGAACUGACGCACACUACAGACCCAUAGAAGAUACAGACAUCAAAGUAAAGCGCGCCACUGGCACCAUCCUGGUUUUCACGCAAUUUUUGGUGAACACCAACUGUACCAAAGAAGAAGGGCAAAAAUUUUCAAUCCCGUGGUACGAUCGCGAUUUCGCCACAGAAGUGGUUCCUUGCGUGGCCAUGCCAAAGCACGAGCAGAAGAUAUUUAAAUGCAGAGUUUACAUGUUCCUCGAGGCCGGGAGAAGAAGUUUCACCGUGAUAAGGCAGGACUGCGAGCCGGUGGUGUUUUGGGAUGAUUCCCAGUCCGAAGACUCAUUGGAUAUCCAUCACCUGCUGAGUUUUCCGUCCAGACACUUCGGCCAUUCCUUCUGACGUCUCUCGCUUUCGUUCCCUCAUUGCCUGGCAAUCGCUUUAGAUGCAAAAGCCCCCAAAUUCUCCUGGGGGCAAAACAUGGAAUUUAGCGCAGCUUCCGCCAAGGGUUCCCCUGUAGUUCUCUGUCCCUCCCUUCCGAAAUAGUUGUGAAGAUUAAACUGCAUAAACG